AUGAAGCACAAACUUGGAGGGGGCCAGUAUGGCGAGGUAUACGAAGGCGUCUGGAAGAAGUAUAACCUCACAGUGGCGGUGAAGACCUUAAAGGUAGGUACUGAAACCUUUUCUUAUCUUCUCUCUUUCUACCACUCUUCUGUUUGGUAGCCACUGCCCUUUUAAAGAGGAAAACUUCACCACGCUUAGAAGGCCCCAAAAGGUACAGACUCCCCCUAAUGAAGAAAGGAUGCAGCAUUUGGGACUUUUUGGUUUAGAGAAAAGGUGAGAAAGAGGUGACAUGAUGGAAGUUUAUGAAACUAUGCCCGGCAUGGAGAAAGUGGUUAGGGAGUAGUUUUUCUCCUUCUCUUAUGAUACCUGUGGGAAUGCAAUGCAGCUGAAUGUUGAAAGAUUCAGGACAAAUAAAAGAAAUGACUUCUUCACACAGCAGAGCACAGUUAAACCAUGGAACUCGCUCCCGCAGGAAACAGUGAAGGCCACCAACCUGGAUGGAUUUAAAAGUUGAUUAGACAAAUUGGUGGAGGAGAGGGCUAUGAGUGGCUGAUCACCCUGAUUGCUAUGUUCCACCUCCACUGUCAGAAGGUUUGCACCUUCACUGUACUCUCUUUGGUGCGUGGAAGAAACAUUUUUGUUUAGGCAGAGCCCUGAUAUGUAGAAUGUUGACCUGUGUUUUAUCUUCAUGUUUAUUUUAAUUGCUUUCGAAGAUUUAAAAUAGUUUCUACACUCUACCUCCACUGUCAGAGGCAGCAGUAUUCCUGGAUACCAGUUUCUGGAAAUAACAGGAGGGGAGAGUGCUCUUGUGCUCAGAUCCUUCCUGCAAGUUUCCUCUGCAGGCAUCUGGUUACCCAGUGUGAGAAGAUGCUGGGCUAGUUGGGCCCUCUUUUUAUAUUCUUAGGAUUUGCAUUUGAACUGCUGAGUUGUUUUCCCACCUCUGAUUUGUACCCCUAGAGAAGCAAAUUCCUCAAGUCGGCUUUGUGGAUUCUUUUUUAAGAGCAUAUGCAGACAGUGACACCUAGUGUUCUAACCAUGCAGAUUAUAAGACUUUGGGGUGGGGGGGAGAUGUUCCUUUCUGAUUGCUGCAGAUAUAGCCUCCAUUAACAGAUACAUUGCGCUCCCUGGGCAGGUGUUUUACUUACUUUAAAAAAACAAAAAACAAAACUGUACUUUCAUCCAGAAAUCUCAGCGUUACCAGGAACAGUAUUCUUCAGUCAUCAAAUGCAACUAGGUAAAUAGGAAUGUUUUCAAAUUCCUCUCAAAAAAGUGAGUGACAAUGUGCACAUCAUGGGGAAUGCCUUCCACAAUCUAUUAGUAGCAGUAGCAGCAGCAGUAUUUAAUGUAUAUGUAUCCUGCCUUUCUCUCAAAUUAGGAUUCAGAGGAGCUUAAAACAUUAAUAACAUAUUUAUAAAAUAUGAAACAAUAAAAACAAAUUAGUUAAAAACAAUAAGUAAUAAUACAUCAGAAUGUAUUGAGAGACAGCAAUUAGAAUCUAGUUUGCCCAGUGGUCAGCGUUGUCUGCUCCUUAGUUUUCAAAGCUCUGUCUGAACAUCUGGUUGGCUGCUGAAAAUUGGAUGUUGGACUACAUGGGCCAUUGGCCUGAUUCAGCAUAAGCUCUUCUUAUGUUCUCUGCAUCUGAUGGAAUGGGAUCUGUUCUGCAAAGUGCUUCUUAUGGUGUAAUGAAAAUGGUUAGUCUUUGGCUCAGUCUGUGCUAUACAUCUUAACAGUAUCAGACCCCUCAGUCAUGAAACCACCACCACUACCACUCUGAGCUUCUAUGGGGAGCUGGAACCGCAGAACUUAACAUCGGGGAGAGUCUGUAAGGAAGGUAGUGAUCUCUCAGAUAUUUGGGGCAGGAGCUGUGUAACACACUUUAUAUGUUAUUAUCACUUAUAUAUACAUUUUUAGGAACAUUUAACCCAAGUAUAUGUGAGGGGAAUAGGGGGUUUCCUAACAACUUCACAUAAACUAUGCAAAGGAGGAGGUUGCAGCAGAUUCUCCAGGUCUAGUAUCUUCAGUUCAGAUAAAGGAAAGGAAUCUGAACACCCACAAGUCCUUUAGACCUGUUGGUCUGCAAUUCCAAAUGCCCACUGUAUUUCAGCCCUUGACACAGUUCUGGAUUGCAGAAUUUAAUCAUGUGAGAUAUAUGCCUCCACCACUAUCCCAGUCAUGCCAUACUGCUUUGUAGCUUUUUUGGGUGGUGGAGGGCAGGCUUGCCAUUUCCACGGGUAACUUCCCUCCUCCCGCAAACCACCUCUUCCCGCUCUGGGAAGCUGAUUUCUCUUAGAUGUUUCAGUUAUGCAUUCUAUCGUAAAAUCUCCCUGUUUUUCUGAGUUGAAAGCGGGUACUUUGCCACGCUCCGCCGCCAAUUCCUAAACGCCAGAUAAAUACUUAAUGAAGGAUGACUGGAAGCUGGGACUAAAAUAAUAUAAAGCGGCUUUUUCUUUCUCUCCCUCUCCCCCUCUCUCUCUGUGCAGGGAGAGCUAUCAGAGCACUCAGAGAAACUCUCCCCAAAAAGGUGCAGAGCCUGAAAUUAUGCAUGGCUAAAAACACACUUGAAAGGCAGGUUCCUAAUCCACCUUCCUUAAAUCCGUCAAUCUAGUCUUAGACUGCAGGAUUAGGGCGCCUUCUUCAAAGGUGUGGAGAAUGCCGGGUGGUGUUUUGUUUUUUGUUUUUUUAAAAAACACCUCAUAUCUGUCUUUAGACACCAGCAGGGGGAGACAGGCCCUUAGCGGUCUCUUUGCAGGGAGAACUCUUGAGAGGUAUAAUUUGUCUUCCAGAAAAGAGUUUCCAAAGCACUUUGGGCAUCCCUUCCCUCCGCCCCUCGCCGUGCCUGCCCCCUCAGCAAAGAAGAUCGACACCUUAAAAUAAUAACGGGAAGGAGGCUGCCUUGGUAGUUUCAACGGACGUCGCUCAUGAUGAAUUAUUCCUGCUGCAGCCUAUUUAUUAUCCUGCUUCAAAGUGGCUGGAAGCGACUCAGUGCGUCUUGGCAAAGUAGUUCCUACAGAGAGGAAAAACGAGGGCUGGGGGGACCCCGUCCAGUGCUUCGGUAAUGUUGAGCUCCAUAGGGCCAUUAAGUAAGACUUCAAUUAGCACAUUGCAUUUGGCAAGAGAGAAAGAGAGAGAUCGAGAUCAAGGAUAUUUGACAACCUGAUUUGCCCAGAGCAGAAUGGAAGGGAACCUCCUUCUGACAAUCCUCAAUUUAGAACCUAACUUCUCUGACUUUGCAAAAGUUUCCCCAACUUCUGAGAUUGCAUUUCAGCCUUUAGGACUUGCCUACAAUUGAUUGAAACCGCCAGCCUACACCCAGAGAUUUGGCUUGGGUUGUUUUCGAAUUGAUACAGCAACUCUUAGACUUCUUCAUCUCUGUGGCCCCAUGGUCAUGCCAGCCCCAGAAGGGGAGAGUGCUCCUGUGCUCAGACAUUGGUUGCUGGGACCUUCUGAAUGCAAGGCCUGAGCUUUAAGCCUUUGAUAUUCCUCUUCUCUUCAAAGUAAAGUAAGAUUCCAGUUCUUAUGGUUAUUAAUAGAAGGAAUUUAAGGGGGGAUGCCAGAGAUUAAACCUGGAUCUUCUGCAUGCAAGUCGUAGUUAUCUUGAUUUCAGUAAGGCUUUUGACAAAGUCCUCCCUGAUAUUCCUGUGAAGAAGCUGAUAAAAUGUGGACUGGAUGAGAUAAAUGUUAGGUGGAUUUUUAGCUGGUUGACUGACCAAAUCCAAAGAGUACUCACUCAUGGUUCCUCAUCAUCCUGGACAAAAGUGGCAAGUGGGGUGUCACAGGGUUCUGUCCUGGGCCCAUUGUUGUUCAACCUCUUUAUAAAUGACUUGGAGGAAGGAAUUGAGGGGGUGUUCAUCUAAUUUGCAGAUGACACCAAACUGGGAGGGGUAGGCAAUGCCACUGAAGACAGAAUCAGGAUUCAAGAUUACUUUAACUGAUUGGAGAAGUGGCUCCAAACUAGAGAAAUUGAUUUCAGUAGGGACAAAUGUCAGCUUCUGGGCUGGCAGGAAGAUCCAUCAAUUUAAGACGGCGGACACCUGGCUUACUAGUAGUACAUGUAAAAAGGACCUAGGGGUCUUAGUGGAUCACAAGCUUAACAUGAGUUAAUGGUGUGAUGCAGCAGCAUAAAAAGCUAAUGCUAUUUUAGGCUGCAUCAAGAGAAGUAUCCAGAUCAAGGGAAGUAAUAGAAUAACUUUAUUCUGCUUUGGUCAGACCCCACCUGGAGUAAUGUGUCCAGUUCUGGGCGCCACAGUUUAAGAAGGAUAAUGACAAGCUAGAACAUGUGCAGAGAAGGACAUCCAAGAUGAUCAAGGAUUUGAGGCCAAAGGUUUACAAUGUACCGCAGGCCAGAGGUUAUUGAUAUUCUGCAACCUGAAAACAUUGAAAACCUCUGGCCUCAGGCUGUGGAACAUCAAAAACCUCUGGCCUCAGGUUGCAGAAUAUUUUGCCCCACAACCAUUCCCCUUUUGCAGAGCUUUUGUUGCCUGCAUCAAGACAAGACAAGGCCUCUCCAUUGUUUUAGCACACAAGAGCUUGAUUUCUCUCCCCCCCACAUCCCCCAGACUUUCUGUGGUCCUACAGAUCUGGCCAGGCGCUUGCUCCAUUUCCUCUGAUGAUGUGAUGUGAUUGAAUCCAGCAGUCUGACCCACCUGGGUGCCUCUGGAGGGUCACGUUUGAGACAUCCAUCCUGCAGCUGACGUUGGCCACGGCCUCUUUCCAGCCCCAGCCUUGUGGGAGGCUGAAGAUCAGUCAGCCUGGAAUCUUUUCAUGCCCAAUAGGCUUACAAACAAAUUAUUGCCACUGUCAGGCUUCCCCUGAUAUUUCAUGCAUGCUGUGGUCUUCCUGGAAGAGGAGGAAAAUGAGGUGUACAUCAGGGAGCUAAGACAGAGAUUCUGGAAGAGGUUUUUCAUUGCAUCAUAGAAGCAGAGGCAGUGUGGUGUAGUGGUUAGCAUCUUUGACUAGGACCUGGGAGAGACCAGGGUUCAAAUUCCCACUUGGCCAUGAAACUUACUGAGUGACCCACUUCCUCCCACCCUAGCCCUCCUCACAGGGUUGUUGCGGGGAUUAAGCAAGGAGGGGGAGAACCAUGUUCACCAGCAUAAAUGAAACCAACCAACCAACCAACCAACCAACCAGGAAGUCAGAAUUCCACAGCAAAGGGUGAAAGGGAAUAAGGAUGGAGGAGAAACUCAAUUCAGAUUGCAUUUUAAUUUGCACUUUCUGGAACCAUGAACAAAACCAGGUGCAAGGUUUUUUCCUGAAUUUGCACUUCUCUGAAAUUUUCAGUGUGGUUCUCCAGAAAGGUAAUGUUUACAAAAUGUUUACAAAAAUGUGUAUAUUUGGGCAAAGUGUGCCUAACAAUGUAUACAUGAGUGAAAAUAGCAUUUAAAAGUUAAUAUAUGACUUGGGUCCCAAAUAUCUGAGAUAUUGCCUCCUUUCUUACAGAUCCUCAUGAGUGUUAAGAUCAGUGGGGGGAGGGGCUUUUUGUAGUUUUACCUCCCUCAGAAAUUUGGGGGAGGGUGGCAGCCCAGGGGAGGACAUUCCCUUGUAAUAGCCCCUAAGUUGUGGAAUUUCCUCCCCAUAGUGGUGCAUCUAGCACCUCCAUUAUACAGCUUUUCGCAGCACCUAUUUACCCUGACUUUUUGACACUUGAGAUGUGUGUUUUCAGGGCCCACCCCAUUCCUGUGGUUGUAAUCUGUUUUAAGUGUUCUGAAUUAUAAAUUGUUGGGACCUGCUAGUGAGGCACAGGUAAUAAUAAUAAUAAUAAUAAUAAUAAUAAUAAUAAUAAUAAUUAAUAAUAAUACAGUGGUACCUCGGGUUAAGAACUUAAUUCGUUCUGGAGGUCUGUUCUUAACCUGAAACUGUUCUUAACCUGAAGCACCACUUUAGCUAAUGGGGCCUCCCGCUGCUGCCACGCCGCCGGAGCACAAUUUCUGUUCUCAUCCUGAAGCAAAGUUCUUAACCCGAGGUAAUAUUUAUGGGUUAGCAGAGUCUGUAACCUGAAGCUUAUGUAAUUUGAAGCGUAAGUAACCCGAGGUACCCCUGUAUAAGGCUAUAGCUAUCAGUCUAUAGAGCACUCUAAUACGAGUGCUCAUUAUAUCUAGUUUGUGGCACUAGUCAUCAUCCGACGAAUUUUGAGCACUCCUGUGCAGAAUCUGGCAACGUAUGUUGUAGCAGGGUUGGUAUCUGAAAGCAGCAGGGAAGUAUAAAAUUGUCCUGUGUGCCCUGGAUACUUAUGCAGUAAUGGUAAGAUGAGGCUAGUACGAAUGUCUCUAUAGUAAAGACUCUGGAGAAGCACGUGGUCUGUUGUUUCUAUUUGUCCAGAGUCACAGGGGCAUUGUCUCUAGGCAUCAUUGCAAUUCAAGAGCAUAUUCUGGACAAGCAGAAGCACUUAGGGAAGGACUAGGAGGGUUGUGGCCUGGGAAGAGUCCUAAGGGCCAGAUAGAGAACGCUGGAGGGCCACAUUCCUGAAGUUCCCCAUUCCUUGUAAGCUGUUGCAACCCACUGUGAGACCAGCUGGUAAUGACAACGAGGAUGGUAAUAGGAAAAAAAAUGCUUGCAAAAUGCUAAUAUUUGACUCUAAAAUGCUGUGGAAAUGUGGAGAGCUGAACUUAAAACUAAGGGGUGAGGUGAGUGAAUCCAGGAGAAACAAAAAUUGAUAGAUUUGCCCAGCUCUAGAAGAGAAGCUGCAUUGUAGGGCUCAUGAGAGCUGGACUCUGUUCUGUGGUUUCUCAGUCGGUAGCCUCAUGCAGAUUCCUUUCACACCCUCUCUCUAUAAGAAAAUAAAUGGCUUAUUAAGUAAACAGAAUGUAGAAGGACAGGAAAUCACAGCAUGGGGUAACUCUGUCUCUUGACCACCACUCCCAGGCUCAAAGGCUAUAAAGCCAACCUGGAUUGUGAACCUUUAUUUAGCAUGCCUAGCCAACAUGUCUCCAGAGUUCUGAAGAAGAUUCUUGAGGACAAGAAACUUGUUUAGAAGCUAAGAUUCUUCACAGCCAGCACUAACCACUAGGUUUCUCGGCUGUGUGAUUUAUAGCCAGACUUAUUUUUUUACCCUUUGCCUUACCGUUCAGACAUCAACCUUGCUUACUUUUUAUUAGCCCGGUUUCUGUUGGCUAGGGAGAGGAAGUCACCUGCCAGCUGCCAGUCAAACUAAUUGGAAGCAAAUACAUGGAUGGGGUGAAAAUGCCGAACAGCAAAAUGAGCACUGAGCCAGAUUUUAAGAACAUAAGACGGGCCUGCCAGCUGAAUCGUUCCAAAGGCUCAUCUAGUACAGCAUACUGUCCUCACAGUGGUCAACCAGAUCCCUCGAACAGAAGCCUGUAACCGGGACCUGAGUGCAAUGGUAGCACUUUCCCCACUUGUGAUUCCUAGCAGCUGGGAACAGGAACAUCUUUAGUCCUCAGGGCUGGCCAGAUACAUUCAAGCACCUCUAGCAGAAAAACUCUCACACCAAAUUAGAGUUGGUACAGUGUGGUGAUUAGAGUACCAGACUAGGACUUGGGAGACCAGGGUUCAAAUCACCCACUUGGCCAUGAAGCACACUGGGUGUGACCUUGGGCCAGUCACUGUCUCUCAGCCUAACUUUCCUCACGUGGUUGUGGGGAUUAAAUUGGGGGGGGGGGGCACUACUAUGUACACCACCCUGAGCUCUUUGGGGAAGAAGGUGAGGUAUAAAUGCAGGGAUGUACCAAAAAAUUUCUUGAAGCUACCAGCAUGAGUUUGACCAAACUGCGGGAGUGCCUGGUGUGCUCUGGUCCAUGGGGUCACGAAGAGUCGGACACGACUAAACAACUAAACAACAACAACUAAAAAAUUAAUCUGUGCAAGCCCCAUUGAAAAAAGUGGAGGCCACAAUCUAGUGUAGUUCUCAUUCAUUUUACUAGCCCCUGUGCAGGAGAAAUUCCAGCAAGCAGGUGGCAUUGGGCUGGAUCUCCCCUUUUCCUAGUAUCUGAAAUUCCAAGGUUUCUUCUCCGUUUCACAGUGGUGCUGCCUCUGUGCCAUUUUCCCACCUCCCAGUAUCCCCUUCUGCCAUUUUCUGCCUUAUCCCCCACCAAUGUUUUGUUUUCCUGCCCAGAAAGAAAGAAGCCCAGGGACAGAGAACAGCAUUGUCUGUAAAGGCACAGCCUCCUCCCAGCCGUGCUUUGUAAAUGACCUUCUGGCCACCCAAGCUUCUGUUUAUCUUGGACUCUACGCCCUGCUGAGCAGGAACCGUACCUUCCUCACUCCAGAGUGAGGCCAAGCCGAGAUGGCUUUCUGCUAAUAACAUCAUAAUGCAAUUUUAACUGUGGCGGUGGAAGACACUGCGGGGAAAAAGAGAGAGGCAGUGGCUUUUAAAAUGCAAAACUUUCUCUCCAUGGUUCGGGUUCCAUUGCAAACUCUGAGGGGGGCAGAAUUCUGUGGCAGAAGCUCUUCUAGACUUGUAUAGUUGGAAUCGGACCCCUUCAAUGCAGGAAUCACAGCUAAAGAAUUCUGCUUGUGCUGUUAGCCACGGUUUCCAGAGAGGCAAUGUGCCACUGAGUUUUAGUGGCUGGAGACAAGCAAUUGGGGAGCGAAUCGGAUACUGGACUAGAUGGAAUUUUGGUUGAAGCCAGUGAGGCCCCUCUUAAUACUUUUUAAUACUUUUAAAAGCAUCUCCAGAUCAGGAAGGCAGUGUAUGUAGUUCUCCACACUUAAUCUCCACAACAGCCCUGUGUGGUUGGGAGAUGAUGACGACUGGCGAGUGGUCAUCCAGAGAACUUCAUGGUCGAGUGGGAGAUUGAAAUCCUGGUUUCCCAAUUCCUAGUCUUACACUCUAACCACUACACCACACUGGGUUUUUCUCAUUUUGUAUUUGUAGAUUAUAUGUGACAGGAACAGUGAACUUGUUGACCCCCCCCCCCAUGUCACCCUCUCAACUCCCAUGAGGUUCAGUAACCAUCAUGGUUGGGGAUGAUGGGAGUUGAAGUCCACUGAUGUCUGGAAGGAUGGUUGGAACAGGAGUCCAGUGACAUCUGGAGGGAUGAUGGGAGCUGGAAUCUAGAGGACUAGAGAUUUCUCCACUCUGGUAUAUGCCUCUGAACUUUUUAAGCUACUGAUACAUCUUCCCUCUGCGAAUAUUGACUACCUAAUCAAGCCUUAAGUGUCAUGUCUCACACAAGAUGCAGGAAGCAAGGAGGGAAAAGAUUAUUAAUGUGGGGACGGCAGCAGUUUAUGGAAUUUAUCUGUGUUAUGCAUAAUUCCAUGGAAAGAGAACAAGGAAGGGGAUCCUUUUUCCUCCAUGAUAUUAAAACUUGGGGUCACCUGGGGAAGUUGUUUGUCAGUAGAUCUGGACAGGCAAAAGUGUGUCUUUUUAUAUAAUACUUUAUUAACUCAUCAAGGUGUGCUGAUGGAAACUAGUUUUGAUGGCUUUGAACACUGACUAAACAAAUUCAUUGGGGAGGUCUGUUGGCAGCUUAAUAGGUUAACAGACCCUCCACAUUCAGGUGUGGCCUGAAGCAAGUCCUGAGGGCCCGAUAGAGAGGCCUGGGGGGCCAUAUUUGGCCUCUGGACUUGCGGUUCCCCACAGGGGAUCAGCCAGGAGCCCACAGAUUGAUUCUUGACUUACUCCAAAUUCCAGUUAACCCAGCCACCACCAUCCCUGGCUCAGCAUGUAAAUUAGCCCCUAUGAUAUUUCAGAGGAAGGUGACAAUUUCUGAAGUUGCAUCGAUUUCCACAUUGCUCAGCCAUUCUCUGGAUGGUACCUGUGUGGCCUUUUCAAAACAAAUAAAGGGAGAGUUUAAUCUGGAUAUAGGGAAUAAAAUUGUCUCCUGGAACUGCAGUAACCCAACACCAGCAAAAUAUAAAAUAAAAGAGCUUCAAGCAAAAUAUAGGGUGGUAUCAAUGCAUUUGUUCCAUUAGCAAAGAUUUUCGCUCACACAAUGUAACUCCUCCCCCCUUGUCCACCCCGUGCAUGCCCUGCACCCUUCCCAAACUGCUCCUGAGGAUUGGAGAAACCCCCAGAUUUAAGGGGCAGUUGUGAGGAAGAGAGAGAUGGAAAGGACAGUGUCCCAGUGCAUGCUGGUCAGUAAUCAUACAGUCCAAAGUUGGAGUUAACUCUUUAUGAGCAAAAACAUGAUCUCCACAGACAUUGCGCAGUGGCUAAUUUCUGGUGGGUCUUAUUCCAUGGAAUCAGUUGCUGAGACUGAAGGUCCCCACCUCCCCACAGCUAUCUACGUCUCCUCUCCAGGGCUAUUUCCAAGCAAUCAGAUACUGCGCCUGCAUACAGCCAAUCUCUCCUCUCUUUUCAUACCUUUCCUUGUUCUGGAAGACUUGGGGGGGGGGAGGUGAGCGUGUCACAGCAGGAGGGGGAGACACCCAUGACUUUUCACCAGCCUGACUCAUCUCUGCAUAUUGACCUCCCUCCUCCCACUUGCCAGAUUCAGAUUCAGCUUCUGAUUCUUAACUUCUCUCUGCCACAAACACUCGCAGCUCACUAAGCCCAGUUACUUCUUCAGAUUACGACACCUCUUCUUUGCAGUCUUAUCCCUCUGACCACUCAUUGUCAUCCCAUAACCACUCCCUGGGCUCUAAACCUUCUUCCCUUGGGGGUUCCCCAGCUGGUUCCUUCCACCAUUCCUCUGUGUCCAACCAGACCAUGACACAGAGUUGUGUAAAAAUAAAUCCAUGCACGGACAAGGAUUGGAUACAGCCAAUUGCUGCGCUGAGGGGCAGGCCUGAGGCCAGAGGUUUUUGAUGUUCUGCAGCCUGAGGCCAGAGGUUAUCAAUAUUAUGUAAUGUAAGGCCAGAGGUUAUCAAUGCUCCACAGCCUGAGACCAGAGGUUAUCGAUUUUCUGCAACCUGAGGCUAGAGGUUAUCGAUAUUCCACAGCCUGAGACUGGAGGUUAUUAUUGUUCGUGCAAAUGUAAUUUCCAGUGAUUCCAUUAUCUAGAGUCUAGAGUCUAGACCAUGUGCUGAAAUCAUUCUCUCUCUCCCUGUGCUCCCCUUACCUCUUUUCCUGCAGGAGGACACUAUGGAGGUAGAAGAAUUCUUGAAAGAAGCAGCGGUAAUGAAGGAGAUCAAGCAUCCAAACUUGGUGCAAUUACUGGGUAAGUGUCAGAAAUACCAAGCAGGGCGACUCAAACCAAAGCCUUGCGCAGCAAUACAGGACAUUAAGGAGAAGAUAAACCACUUAACCACACCAAGGCUUCACAGAGAGACAUUUCAAUUCACUGGCAGGAGCUGGCAAUUAAUUUUUUUAAAAGUUGAACUGAGUUAGGUUUGUGCGUCUGUGUGUGUUUAAAUCUUCAUACUUGUAUUUAAUCUAUAAAAGGCCAGAAAGCUUAGACAUCUUUAACCAGCUUCUGGAGGAAACUUUGUCUUCUCUUACCAUAGAAAGUUGUUUUAUUUCAAGUCAGAGCUUUGAACCAUCUAACUCAGUAUUGUCCACACUGACUUGCAGCAUCUCCUCAGGAUUGCAGGUAGGGAGACUCUCCCAGACAUACCUCGAGAUGCUGGGAAUUGAACCCUGGGACCUUUUGCAAAUCAGAUGCUUUAUUACUGAGCUGUGGUCCCUUCCUCAUAGGAGUGCAGCACCUCUAGCUUAAAAAUCAUUCAUCCUAGUCAUAGGAAGCUGCCUUACACAGUCAGACCUUUGGUCCAUCUAGUUAAGUAUUGUCUACAUUGGCUGGCAGCAGCUCAUCAGGGUUUCAGACAGUGGGUCUCUCCUAGCCAGUGUGGUGUGGUAGUUAGUGUUAGUCUAGGACCACCGAGACCAGUAUUCAUAUUGCCACACAACCAUGAAGCUCACUGAGUAACUGUAGGGCUAGUCACUACUUCUCAGCCUAACCCACCUUGCAGGUUUGUUGUGGGCAUUAAAUGAAAGGGGGCGGGGGAAGAAUCAUAAAAACCACCUUGAGCUCCUUUCAGAAAAUUAAUCCCUAGGAAAAGGGAUUGAUUGUUAAACCACACUGAGAACUGUAGUUUUGGGAGGCCAAUAGGGGUCUCAGCACCCUUAACAAGCCACAAUUCUUUGUGGGAGAGGUUUGCAGUGGUAUCAUAGUGCUUUAAAUGCAUGGUGUGAAGAUGGCCCGACAAUGGAUACAACCCAGAAUUAAUACUGCAAAUCAUAAAUUAUUAUUUUUCUUUCUUUAGCAGGAUUUAUUUUUUUUAAAUCUAAUUUGUUCAUUUUUAAAUGUUUCAUAGGCGUAUGCACACGGGAGCCUCCGUUUUACAUCAUCACCGAGUUCAUGACAUAUGGAAACCUCUUGGAUUACCUGCGGGACUGCAACAGGCAGGAGGUGAACGCUGUUGUGCUCCUCUACAUGGCCACCCAGAUCUCCUCUGCUAUGGAGUACCUAGAGAAGAAGAAUUUCAUCCAUAGGUAGGAAAACUUUGUGCUGCUAUUCAGAAUAGUGCUAUGAUUUGCUUGCUUGUUUGUUUCCUGUUGAAAGAGCCCAGGUCUGCAAAUGGAUCCACAAUUUAAAAAGAAAAACAUUAUAGAGCAGUUAAAACAUACUUUAAAAAAUGGUGGCAGUGACAGCCACUAACUUGGAUGGCUUUAAAAGAGUGAUUAGACAGAUUCAUGAUGGAUAAAUAAGGCUAUCAAACAGCUCCACUGUAAAAGGCUCUUGUUUGCUGGGAAGUAAAAGUAGGCAGAGUUUGGUAGCGCUCAGGCUGUGCUUGUUAGCUUCCCACUGGGGCAUCUGGUUGGCGACUGUGAAGACGGGGUUGUACCAUGUGAGCCUUUGGCCUGAUCCAGCAGGACUCCGCUUCUGUUCUUACAGAAGAAAAUGGAACCACCUCCCCUUCCACCACUAGCCUGCUACAGAGGCUGUUAAUACAAUAUUUCACAGACAGCGCGAUGCAGCUUUACAGUAGCACAUUAAUGUUGUGUGCUGUGUCUUGGAACACACAGGCACUCCUUAGGGAAUCACGUCUUGCUUCUGGAUUAUUUUUCCUGCCAAGGGUAUGUUGCAUCCCUGCACAGCUUAGCAGCUGGCAAACCCAGACGUUCAGCUAUUUUGGGGGUGGUGAUGCUGCACACUCAACCCUGCAACUGUGUAUAAUGUGAACCUGAGCAAGAGUUCACUUUGCAGCAGAGAAAGUGGGGGAGAUUUCAAUCCUUCCCGUACCAGCUGUUUCCCUCCACCCUAAAAAAAUCCUCUUCUCCCCACCCCAAGGAGUGUUACAGAUCCACCUUUGUCUGAAACCCUGGGAAGCCACUGCCAUUGUAAAUGAUACUGAGCUAGAUGGAGCAAUGGUUUGACUCGGUAUAAGGAAAUUUCAUGUGUUCCUAUAUAAGCCAGCACUUUCUUCACAACCAUGAGCCCUGGAAUUCUUCUUUUUUUUUUUAAAUGAUAUUUAUUGAGAAUUUAAAAUUACAGAGGGGAAAAAAGGAAAAGGGAAAAAAGGUAAACAAAAAGAAAAAUUAAACAAUACAAGUAAAUAAAAAGAAAAAAACAAAAAACAAAACACACAAUACAUCAAAACCAAAACCCAAAAUAAGCAAAAAAUUUAAAAACAAAUCCAAUAUUCCCAAAUCUUUAUCUUUCGUUAACUUGUUUCAUCGACCUCCUCACACCUCCCUUUUUUGUAUUCUAGUUAUUAAUUAUCUUAGCAAAUCCUUUCCAUCUUUCCCUAUAUUCUGUCAUUAAAUUACCUUAAUUUAUUUUAACCUUAUCUUACCAUAAAAAGCCCUAAAGCUUAAAACUUAAAACUUAUUUAUAAGUAAUUCCUUUUAACAUUUCUACUAAAGCCAAAUAGUUUCAUUCCAACAUUUUUCUAAUACUUAUUAAUUUUACAGUGAUAUUCUAAAUGAAUUUUUAAAACUUUCUUCCAAUCUUCAUCCAUCGUCUCUUCUUCCUGGUCUCGGGUUUUAUCAGUCCUUUCUAUCCCUUCCAUCUAGUCCAUCAACCUGGUGACCUUCUAUCCGAGGCUCUUAAGUCUUUUCCAUGUCCCUUCUGCAGGUCUUCUUCAUGUUUAUACCUGCACUUUACUUCUAUCUUCUGCUGAUCUUAUUCGUAAUUUCCUUCCUUUCUCACUGAGGGGUAGAUCUCGGGGAGACUCCAACUUGACAAUAUCUUUAUCCCUUCUCGACAAGUCAGCCCAUUCUCCAUAGUCAGCACUGAAAUCCAAAAGAUAUUUAAAAGCAUGCUUCAAAGUCCCUCCAAGGUUAAGGGCCCCCACAACUCCAAACUCCCCCGGCCCAAAACCAGGUCCGAAAAGUCAAAACAUCCCUGCAUAGGGGGAGCUAUCCAACUUCCAUCUCCAGACCAAACAGUACUCCAUCUCUCCAAAUCUGACUUUCUCCAGGUUCAGUCGUCAGAAACAACAACUUAUGUUCCUGCAAGGCCACAGCUCUCUCCAUUUCUAUUGCUUGAGGUUCAGCAACAACCUCCUCUUUUAUCUUCUUCACAACUUGCCCUGUCAAAGCACAUUCCUGGGUUGGUUCCUAACGAGCCCUGGAAUUCUUAGGGGAAGGACAAUAGUUCAGUGGUGGAAUUUCUUGCCUUGCAAGCAGAAGGUCCCAGGUUCAAUUUCUGUCAUCUCCAGAUGGGACUUGGAGAGAGACCCCUGGCUGAAACCCUGGAGAACAUUGGGCAGUCAUUGUGGACAAUACUCUGCUAGAUAAACCCACGGUCUGAUUCAGCAUGAGAGAGCUUCCUAUCUUUUUAGUAUAAUGGCAUUACAGUAUUGGACCAAAUAGAUUCUGAGAUGGUGUGUGAGGGUCCUGGCUUAAACUGCAUGCAGCCCCUGCCUUUAAUUGGCAGGCCACCACUUUCUGAUCCCCAAGGGCUCCCCUUGGCACAAAGGGAAGCUUACUUCUGCUACUUUUGUUGUACCUCCUAUCCCAUAUCUUAAUCAUAAAAUUGAGAGAGGGCUAGAUAACCCAAUGCUGUCACAAAAACAUGGGAUCAGGCCAGUGGCCCAUCUAGUCCAGCCUCCUGUUCUCACAGUGGCCAUUUGGGAAACCCUCAAGCCCAUUAUGGGAAACCCACGAGCAGGACCUGAGUGCAAAAGCUCUCCCACACCCUGUGGUUUCCAGCUGCUGGCAUUCAGAAACAUUGCUGCCUCCAACUGUGGUGGCAGAGCAUACACAUUGUGGCUGGCAGCCAAUGAAAACCCUCACCUCCUUGCCCCUGUGUGGUCAUAACCCCCAGGAUGCCCUUGUCCCUUCCAUCACUCCUGCCUUUCAGUCUUUCUCAGUCCUGAUGUGGUGUACCAGUGUUUCUACCUCCUCUGUGAUUUUACAAUAAAACCUCAUGAUGAAACCUUCCUUCCUAAUCACCACAGCUCUUUGUGCAAAAUGAGCUCUUCCCCAUCCUUCCUUCUUUCCUUCCUUCCCCUGAGCCAGUAAAUUGCCCAUAAUGACACCCCUUUUCUCUCCCCACCCCGAACCAUCAUUCGCCGCUUUACAGUUACUGGAGUUCUCAGAAAGUCUCUUUCUCUGUCUCUCUCUCUCUCUCUCUCCCCGCCCCCUGCCCCCCACCCCCCACCUUUUCAACACACCUUCCAUCCUCCUCUCUCCUUGUCAUCUUGUGCUUUUUAGUGAUUCCUUUCUCCUCCUGCUAUUGUCUGGAUUGUGUGCCUCUCCCGCUUCUCUCCAUUAAGCAUCUUUGCCAUUCUUGCUGUCUGGAGGAUUUUGACCUUUCAGUGUGCUGCAAUUAUUGCUAGCACUUUACAUUCUUUGUCUGGGGAAAUGGCUUCUGAGCAAUCUAAUAGCUGGUGGGUGACUUGAUCAACUUUUGGGGGGCAUUGUCAGUGUCUGUCUUGAAAGGAACUUGGGCUGAGCUUGGUGCCGUGUGGGAGGUCUCUAUUUCCUUUCCGGGAUGCUUCCUCUGUGACUUAGGAAUGUUGACAUGCUGGAAACAACCCCAGUCACUGAGCGGGGGGGGGGGGGGGCAAUCUGCAAAUGGGACAUUUGUACAUCUCUUUCUCCACCCCACAGGGAAACGUGCACACCCACACCCACCAGAGUACAUUUGAAAAUGAUUACAGUACUUCCAAACCACUCAGAAAACUUCAAUUUGGUGCAUGUUUAAUCAAAGACUAGAAUAUAGAUCAUUUGCAGUGCAUAGUCAUUAAAUUCACCUCACAAUAAAGGGUAGUAUUUAUAGCAAAUAAUGCAUGUGAGGCCCUUCCAUUUGGGGAAGAGGUAGAGCAUCUGUUGUGCAUUCAGAAGGUCCCAGGUUCAACCCCCAAUGGCAUCUUCAGGUGGGAGAGACUCCCAUCUAACUCAAUAUUACCCAUAAGGUAAAGGUAAAGGAAAAGGAUCCCUGGAUGGUUAACCCAAGCCAAAGGAGACUAUAGGGUGUAGUGCUCAUCUUUCUUUUCAGGCGGAGGGAGCUGGCGUUUGUCCACAGACAGCUUUGCUUUAUUGCCUAUACUGACUGGCAGCAACUCUCCAGUGUUUCAGGCAGGGAGUCUUUCCCAGCCCUACUUGGAGAAACCACUAGGGUUGAAGCUGAGACCUUCUGCGUGCAAAGCAGAUGCUCUGUUUCCAAGGUACAACCUUUCCCCUUUUAAUUUUUCAGAUGUCAAUGUACAUUAUUCCACUAAUUUCAACGUGUGAUGAGCCAGCCUUGCUAUUUUGGGUGUGUUUGUGCAUGUAUGCUGUUUAUUGUAGUAAGUGGAUCCAUGCCUACCAUCAUGGCACUACUGUUCCCCACCCCCGACCAUCUCAGACACUAUUUAUUUAUUUAUUUUAUUCAUUUAUUGCAUUUACAUCCCCCCUUUUUUCCAGGAGCUCAAGUGGAACCACAUGGUUCUCCCUCUCCUUGUUUAAUCCCAACAACACUGUGAGAAUGAGUGGCUGGCCCAAGGUCACCCAGUGAGCUUCAUGGCUGAGUGGGGAUUCGAACCUUGGUCUCUCAGAUCCUAGUCCAGCACUAACUACUACACCACACUUGCCCUUUAUGUCUGUUUUGCAUGACUUUCCAGGUUGUGCCUGGAUCAGGAGCCCUUUUUGCCUCACCUUUCUGUUGGUUAAGAGAGAGAACUUGAGGAAGUGCACCACUAGACUCUGCUGGCUCUCUCUCUCUCUCUCUCUCUCUCUCUCUCUCUCUCUCUCACACACACACACACACACACACACACACACACGUUGAGGUCAACUGCGUUUCAUCAGAGUGGUGAUCUUUCCCACACAAUUAGCACGCCCACCAAAGGUUGCCCACCUGCUUCCCCUGUAACAAGCCUGAUGAUCCCACACUGAAAUGCUGACCGUUUAUCCCUAAGACACAAGCUUUUUUUCUGCUGUAUCUAAAGGCUCAUUCAGGCACCUCCAUCUCUGAUAAUGGCACCACCAGUGUCUCAUAGAAUUGUAGAAUUGGAAGGGACUCAAAGGGCAAUCUAGUCCAAUCCCUCCUCAGUGCAGGAAUCACAGCCAAAGAAUUUGGCUGCAGAUUAUGGGAGUUGUAGUCCAACAACAUUUAGAGCUCAAAGUGUUUCCCACCAACCUUAUCCAAUCACUCCCCACUCCAAACACAAACUCUCCCCCUCCCAACCUAACGCUUACUGUCUCAACUGGUUCAAUUUGCUCCAUGCUGGGAUCCUCAUCUCCGGUCCAACCCCUCCUGCAAAGGGAACUUAGCUUCUUCUUUUUUAGAGGAAGAAAAAAAUUCAAGUAUCACUCUCUGUCUCAUUCCUUCUGUACUCUUGGGCACUUUGUUGUGCACUGUCAGUGACCCCAGAUCGCAGGAGCAGGCAGGAAAAGUGUCUUGCUUCCCGUUCUCUUCUCUUCUUUGCAAACGGCUCACCCCCACAGACUCCCAGUCCCUUCAGGGGGGUGCGGUCGCUGUCCUCCUCAAUGGAUUUCAGAUGCAUGUUGGUGACCUCACUGAAUGACUGGAGUCGGCGGGAAAUGACGGUCGCUAAUGACAAGGUGCUUUUCUCCCCUUUAUGUGCUGUGUUGACGGCAUUCUCGCUGACGAGAACAGGACAUGUCGGCAACGGUGUGUGACAAAUUAAUGUGCCCUUUCAGUAUGGCGCUCUCUCAUUGAACAAGGAGCUCUUCUGUGGCUCUGCCAGUGACUUUGCAAAGUUCACAAGUCACUGGGAAAGUGGUUCAUGUAUCUUUCACGUAGGGAAAGAGUUGCGCAGUUGGAUUGAUUUCCAAUUUAGCGUGGCGUUGGGUGGAAACAAUUUAUUCAGCCUCAUCGAACAUAAGAAGUCGUGCUGGAUCAGGCCAAUGGCCCAUCUAAUCCAGCAUCCUGUUUUCACAGUAGCCACCCAGAUGCCCUAGUGGUAGAUCUUCAAGCAGGACCUAAGCACAAGAGCAGCUCUCCCCUCCUGUGGUUUCCAGCAACUGGUAUUCAGAACCAUUGCUGCCUCUGACUUUGGAGACAGAGUUAUUAUGGCUAGUAACUCUUGAUAGCCUUAUCCUCCUCCUCGGAUUUGUCUGCUUUAAAGCCAUCUAAGUUGGUGGAUAUAAUCCCCUCUUGUGGCACUGAGUUCCACAGUCAAAUACAUGCUGCACGAAGAAUGACUUUCUUUUAAAUGUCCUGAAUCCACCAACAUUCAGCUUCAUUGGAUGACCAUGAGUCCAAGUAUUAGGAGAGAAGGAGAAUUCCCCCCCCCCAUCCACUGUCUCCACGCCACACAUAAAGGAGUCACUCUACCCUUUUGGUCAUUUUGGUAUUUUCUGAAACUUCCAGCUCUAUUUUAUACUUUUUGAGGUGAAAACUCUUCCAUUGUUUUAUGAAGGAGCUGAAAAAUUGCAUGGAAACAAUUCCUCCAUUCUCUCUCUUGUGUGUUAUGGCUUCUACACCCUUCAUUGAGGUUGUUACUUACUCCCCACUCCACAAACUCCUGAUGCAGUGGCUCUUAAACCUUUUCAGGCCACCGCCCCCUUGGUUCCACAAACUAAUCUCUAGUGCCCCAUACUUUACCCUACCCUGUACAAAUCAUUAUUCAGAAUAGCAGUUUUCAUGACCCACUGAGGAAGAUAAUAACACAAAAAAGUUCAAAACAGUAAUCAUUAACUGCACAUUUGUUCAGUUACAACUACUCAGUUUAAUUCAACAAAAUGAAUGCACUUGAUUCUGUGAAGCCAGCUUUUCAAAGUCUGAUAGUCAUUAACACCUCCAUUUACACCCUCUUGCUACCCCCUUGCUUCUUAGGGCCCCCAGGUAAUCCUGCCCACUUUGAGAACGACUGUUGUAAUGUUUGCUUUUUCAUCACCAGGUGGAUGUGUGUUACCAAUAAAUUCAGCUCCUUGGACCAAUUAAAAUGAUUGGUGAAGGGUUGUAGUUUAAUGGCAGAACAUCUGCUUUGUAUGCAGAAGGUCCCAGCUUCAGCCCUCAGUGGCGUCUCUAGAUAGAACUGGGAAUAUCCCCUCCUGAACUCCUGGAGAGCAUUGACAAUACUGAGAUAGAUGUACCUAUAAGCUGAUUCAAACCAGCUUCUUGUUUAAAUCUCUUUUUCCAGAAUCAUGAAAAUUAGAAUUUUUUUUAUUUUAAGAGAACAGGACCAAUUUUUCAGGUACAGAGCAUCUGCUUUGCAUGCAGAAGGUCCCAGCUUCAAUGCCCAGUGGCACCUCCAGAUAUUGCUGGGACGGUCCCAUACCUGAAACCCUGCCAGCCAGGGUGGGCUAUACUGAGCUAAAUGAACCAGUGGUCUGAUGCAGGAUAAUAAGGCAACUUCCUAUGCUCCUUGGGAGAAUCUAUUGCUCAGUGAUAGAGCAUCUGCUUUUCAUGCAGAUGAACUUAUACACCGCACUAUACCCGGAGGUCUCAGGGCGGUUCACAACAAGACCACAACAUAGAAAAUCAAACCAAAAGCAUUAACCCAAUAACCCCCCCCAAAAAAAACCCCCACAUUCUAAGAGGGUGUAAAGUGUAUCAAAAAAAUCAACAUUCUAAAUGGUGCAAAGUGUAAAACCAACCCUUCAAACUGGGCCCAGAAACAAAUAUAGUGCAAAGACCUUUUAAAAUUUCCUCAGGCUCUGUAGUUUAUAAGUCACCCUGAUGAUACAUUGUAAGGGCAGGGUAUAAAUCCAAAUAAAUAAAUCGUCUGCCAUUAUUGAUUUCCCCCCCUUCCCUCUCACUGAGGGAGUCCUAAUGAGCUUCAGAGGAAGUACAGGAGUUGCGGAACACUGUUUGAAAAUGACUGUUCUAGAUCUCCUUUCAUUCUUGACCUCUGCUGGGGAAAAUACUUUCCUCGAGGUUGCUUAGUCUGGUGUUCCUUCAAAAGGAAGCUUUAAAAAGUCUCAGUUCUCUGCUAGCAUCAGAGCCAUUGGUUGAGAGGAGGCAAAUCAGCUGGGAGAAGGUAAACCUGGAGCAGUGACCAAGUGGUGAGCAGAGAGUUCAAUCCUGCUGGCUGUGGGGGUCUGCUUUGCCAGGGAAGAUGCACACAGCAGGAUUGAACCCCUCCCACCCAUUCUUGGUGUCACCCAGUGACAUCAGCUGAUGGACAGUUGGGUGUGCUUUUGCAGAGAAAUGGCCUUGUGGGCCAAACUGGGCUCCCUGGCAGGCCAGAGGGUCCCCAUCCCUGAGGCAUAUCCCUGAUUUUGCUAGUGGGGUACAGUGGGAAUAUUUGAAGCUCCCUGCAGCAAACAGCCACCGCCACCAAACUGUAGAUGGCAGCAAAGAAGCCACAGUUUUCACUGCCAUCCCACUCUUACAUUCAGUUGGUAGAGCAUGAGACUCUUCAUCUCAGAGUCGUGUUUUCGAGCCCCACGUUUGGCAAAAAAACUCUGCAUUGUAGGGUGCUGGACUAGAUGACCCUCGUGGUCCCUUCCAACUUUUGUCAGCAUCAACACUUGAAACGUGCUUGUGUAAAUUUGAUGGAGCAGCCUCUGGUUAUGUGAACUGACACUUAAUGAGAAGCAGUGAGCACGUAAUGGAACAGAAGUUGUAUCUGCAGUGAAAUGUAGAGAGAGAUUUCAUAGCCCAUCUCCCAUCACUGCUGCCACAGGGACCUGGCUGCCCGGAACUGCCUCGUUGGGGAGAACCACCUGGUGAAGGUGGCCGAUUUUGGUUUGAGCCGGCUGAUGACAGGUGACACCUACACAGCUCACGCCGGCGCCAAGUUCCCCAUCAAGUGGACUGCACCAGAAAGUCUCGCCUACAACAAGUUCUCCAUCAAAUCUGACGUCUGGGGUAAGAGCUGUGUAGUGUGCCUGUGGUGUUCUGUUGUACAUGUAAAUAAUAUUGUGUUUGUAUAUAUGUAAUAAUUUUAGAUUAAUAAAGUGAUAUGUGGUACAUGCAUAUUAGGUAAAUUGAGGGAAGCAUUAGGUUGGGAGGCGGGGGGGGGGGGGGAGUGUGCUCGGAAUAGUGAGAGUGAACAGGAAGAACAGAAGGCUAAUGGAUCAGGCUAAUGGCCCAUCUGGCUCAACAUCCUGUUCUCAUGGUGGCCAACAGUGAAUGGAUAAGCCUUUGAAUAUUGGUGAGAGACAGUUUGGGAUCUAAAUGUUGUUGGACUACAAUGCCCAUCAUCCUCAGCAGGCUUAGCCAACAGUCAGAGAUGAUGGGAGAUGUAGUCUAGCAACAUCUGUGGACCCCCCAAGGGUGAAGAACACUGGUUCUGACAGACAGUUCAGGGCACUUGGACUCGGGAGUUGGAUGUGGAGAGAAUGACUGGAUGUGCAUGGGGUAACUACGUUGAUUGUAACCAAUUUUUGCAUGAUGGUUUCUGAGAUCAAGGGAACAAGUCUUUGUUUGUGCUUGGACGCUACAAGAAACCAUUUUGAAUCAAGAUGACAGGCUGAACCUUUCAAAACUGCAGUGAUAUCAGCCACUGAUUUCAAAACUGCCUGGACUCCCAUCAUAGCUGUAGAAAAAUCCAGUUUUCCAAGGUGGAUAAUAUGCCUGCAUCUGUGGAGGCUGUGGGUUGUUGUUUUUUUAACAUCACAUUUUCUCCUCAAUCUCCCAAGUGCUGGAGGACCGAGCUGUUAACAAAAGAAAUGGCUGGACUGGAACAGUCCCUGGUUGUUUCCCAUGUAAUGCAUUGUGACACCUCUCAAUACACAAGACGGCAGUGGCCUUCCCUUCAUGUUAAGAGAGAGAGGGGUGGCUGAAGUAAUUACAUACAGGUUGCUGAGCUGAUGACAAGAGGCUCUGCCUUGCCUAGGGGAAUCUCAAGUACCUUUAAAGCACAUUUGGAACAUAUCCCUACCCCCCAGCACCAAAGAAUCCUGGGAAGUGUAGUUUGUCAAAGAUGCUGGGUAAAUUUCAGUUCCCAUAAUUCUUUGAGGAGGAAAAUGUGCUUCAAAUCUAUGGUGUGUACACAGCUUUCAUUUCCUAGGUGGGUUGCAAUGCUUGAGGAUUUCGUUCAGUCUUCCAUCUUUAAGCAAACCAACCUGAUUACUGAUACAUGUAUCACCUUAUCCUUCCUUUGGGAAAAAGCCAUAGCUCAGUGGCAGAGCAUCUAUCUUGCAUGCAGAAGUUCACAGGUUCAGUCCCCAACGGUAUCUCCAAGUGAAGCUGGGAAUAUCCCCUGCCUGAAACCCUGGAGAGCCACUGCCUGUCUGUGUAGAUAGAACUGAGCUAGAUGAAACAACGAUCAGUAUAAUGCAGCAUCCUAUGUUCCUGCUUAAAUUGGCCUUUUAUUUAGAACUAUGAGGACUGGAAUCUUGCUUUGUUUCUAGGAGAAGGACUGUAGCUCUGUGUCAGAACAUUUGCUUUGCAUGCAGAAGGUCCCAGCUUCAAUUCUCAGCAUCUCUGGCUAGGGCUGGAAAUGUACACUCUCUGAAACCCCUGGAGAGUAGCUGCCUGUCAGUGUAGACAAGACUGCACUAGGUGGACCAGUGGUCUGAUUCACUUUACUUGUGUUUUACUUCCAUUCUUGGAGGAAGUAUGCCUCUGAAUACCAUUUGCUGGGAAUCACAGGUGGGAAGAGCACUGUUGUGCUGCUUGCAGACUUCCCUUUGAGGCAUCUGUUUGGCCAUUGAGGGAACAGAACACAGGACUAGAUGGGCCCCUUUUGGCCUGAUCCAGCAGCCAGGCUCUUCUUAUGCUCUUAGGAUAGAAGCGAGAAAGGAGGUCAGAGGGCUUUUUUGGAGUGGGUUAGAGAAGGUGAAGGAGAGCUAUUUGAUUCCCAGAGAAGAAGCAGCAUCUCAAUAGGAAAGGAGGUUUCAAUUAAUCCGCCCUGACGUCUCUUAAUUGUGCCUUUAACAGGACUUGAAGGAACUUGAAGUGUUCGCACUGGAGACAAGCUAGUAAAUUGAAAAUUAGGCUAAUUCUGCCCUGUCUUAUCUCAUGAGACUUGUCUGGAUUGAUGAAGAGGCUUGUUACUCUUCCUUAACGUCUUCGCAGCCAUUUGGCAUGGAAUGUGAGCUGCCCAGAGCGGGGAAACUGCCAGAGCGUGUUUUGCUCGCGGCUCUCCCACCUCUGGGGAACAAAUUUACAUGUUGCAUUAAAAUCAGUUGGGAGUAGGCAAGCCUGGAGUGGGGACUCCUGCAGAGUAGCAUUGGGCAGCCUCACCCAAGUGUGAAUAAUUCUGCAGCAUUUUUGCCCCAGGAUAUGGAGAACACUCCAAUCACAGCAGGGGCAGAGGUGUGACUGAGGGACCCACCCAUUGCAGAGACUGUGUCAGGGCAGCAAAUCACACAGAGAUGCACCAGGCAACCUCCUCUGUUCCAGAGGCAGCUUCCAUAGGAUUUCAUUAUUUCAGUGGUGUGUUUCUUCUAGCACACUCACAGGAAGGAAACAGGGAGGGGGGGAUGGGACGAAAAUUGAGAAAAUAAAUAAAAAUAAAUACCAGCUCAGACUAGUAUGUCCCUAUGACUCCAGUGAUGUCAGUGGUGCUCCAAGGUUGUAAUAAGAGAAAAGACUCCUCCCCCCCCCAUGACCUAUCCUCUCUUUGAUCGGAGAUGCUGAGAGUCUUCAUGCAAAGGGGUGGCUGCUGAGUGAUAGUCCUUCCUCAAAAGAAUUAUUAUUAUUAUUAUUCAUCAUUAAAUUAAUCUAUGUAUCACUUGUAUCGCAAAAUGACUUCUAAAGCAGUUUACUUUAAAAUCAGUACAUAGUUAAAAUAUACACUAAGAGAUCCACAGUGGCAUUAAAACACCCUUAAUUAAAGUAUUCAACAAAACAUGGAAUUACAAAGCACAACAAGUUUUUUUGGUUUUUUUUGGAAAAAUAAGUUAAAACAAUAAGUUAAAACUCUUCCUUGUUGAUGGAGAAAUGUUAAUGUAUAUAGAAUUGUACAUAUGGUUGAUUUGAAUAUGUUAUUAUUGAUUAUUUACACGCAAUGUAUCAGCUGCCUGGGGGGUUUCACUGUUUGGGUUUUGGUUGUUGGUAAAAAAUAAAGAAAAAUAAAGAAAUAAAUAUGAAAAAGAAAAAGAAACAAUAAAAUUAUAAGUUCAGUUCACCGAAAAUGGUGUGUCUUCAGGAGCCGGCAGAACAUCAACACAGAUGGGGCCUCUGUGGCAUGCCAUGAGACUGUGGCCUCCAGUGAAGCAGCCUGCCUCUGUGUUACCACCAGCGGAUAAUCUUCACCUUUCCCCAGAGGACCCUUCACCUGGAGGGUGCCAAAGAUUUGGGCAGGGAUGCUCUGCGAGCAAAGUAUCUCAACCGAGGUUUAUAUAUCAAUCUAUUGACAACGACAACAACCCUCUGAGCAAUUUACAUACAAUUAUAUGUGAACUAUUCAUUAAAAGCAUCAAUAAAAUCAAACAUCGUAAAUCAGAUUGACCUAAAAUGCAUCAAAAUAUAGACGAAAUCAGCAGCUUUACACAUUUGAAUAUGCUUUGGAUGCCCCUUUCUUUUGCUUAUUAAGUCCAACCCAGGGAUAGUUUAGAUGGCCUCUUUACCUCAGCAAUCAUUUUGGAGAGAUUUGUUUUGGUUUAACUAGCCCUGGUGGUUACUUCUCCUAGACUUUUCCUUGCCGUGCACGAACCUGGUUUGGGUAUGUGCAUUGCAUGAUUAACAGACAAGCUAAGUGUGAAACACACACCAUAGCUCUAGUCCCUGUAUUUAUUGAGGCAAUGCUUAUUUUUUUUCUUGGCAAAGAAAUUGAAUGAAUGAAUGAAUGAAUAAAAACAAUAGUUCAACACAAUAUAAUUGCAUGUUAAAAUUUCGUGUGGUAUGCCAUGUUAGCCCUAACUCAGAGUAGACCCAUUGAAAUUGUUGGGCAUAACUCAUUUCAGUGGGUCUGCUUGAAGUAGAAUUUAGUUGGCUACACCUGUAUGUGUCUUAAAAUUACAUUGGUUUCCCCCCAAAUGUCAAUCCUACUUAGAGUAGACCCAUUGAAAUUGAUGGGUGUGACUAAUAAUUAUUUUUAUUGCAUUUAUAUCCCACCUUUCUCUCCAAUGAGCUCAAGGUGGCACAUAUGGUUCUUCUGCUCCAUUUAAUCACCACAACCCUGUGAGGUAGAUGUGGCUAAGAGGCAGAGACUGGCCCAAGGUCACACCCAGUGAAUUACAUGGUUAAGUGGGGAUUUGAAUCCUGGUCCUAGUCUGACACUCUUAACUACUACACCACAUGGGUCUGCUUUGAGUAGAAUUGGCUACAAUGAUACAUGCCUUAAAAUCACACUGGGCUUUGUCAGCCGAAUGUUAAUCCUACUUAGAGUAGACCCUUUAAAACUGAUGGGAUUAAUUUGGGUCCAUUAAUUUCAGUGGAUCUACUCUGAACAGAAGGUAGAUACAACCUGUUGUUGUUGUUUAUAUGUGUUCCCACCUUUGCCAUAACCUCCCAUUUAAAGUAUCAGUACAUUGAAAAUGUCUUACUGACUUCCUCUUCCCCUGUAGCCUUUGGUGUCUUGCUUUGGGAAAUCGCAACGUAUGGGAUGUCUCCCUACCCUGGGAUCGACCUAUCUCAGGUCUAUGAGCUCCUGGAGAAGGACUACCGAAUGGAACGACCUGAGGGCUGUCCGGAGAAAGUCUAUGAGCUCAUGAGAGCAUGUAAGGUUUUACUUACGUCUACAUCUUAGUGGGUUGCUGGGGUCGGCUGCAGUCACAGAGAAGCAGGGAGCUGCUCUUCUGCCCUUACUGACCCUAGUAAGAACAAGCUGAUAGAUGACAGGCCCAGGUGUCCCCUUGAGAAAUGUGAGUUAAUUGUUAUUCCAAAUGAAGAUGAAACCAUUGCAUUGUUUUACCUGGCUUUAGUUACACUCCUUAUGUUCUUGUUUAUUUUAUUUAUCGCAUUUACAUCCCACCUUUUUUCCCAAGGAGCUCGAGGUGGUGUACAUGGUCUGCCCCCCACUCCUCAUUUAAUCUGCAGAACAUAAUCUGUGGCAUAGGUUAGGCCGAGAGACGAUGCCUGGCCCAAGCUCACCCAUUGAGCUCCAUUGCCAAGUGUGGGAUUUGAAUCCCAGUCUUCUAGGUCCUCAUUUAAUUCUCACAGUGACCCUGUGAGGUAGGUUAGGCUGGUAGCCCCUAUCGCUUCACCCUUAUGGCUAGGAGGGAGAACUCAAGGAAGUGCACCUUCUCACCCAUCAGGGAGUUUGGCUUCUCCUCCCAAAGAGCUCUUAACUUGUGAGAAUGGGAAGAAACUGCAUGGUAGAGAGAGUGGGUUUGCACAUGUGUUGAAGGUAUUUCACAAAAACGCUAACAUUCCACCCUUCCUUUCCUACUUUUCAGGCUGGCAGUGGAGCCCAUCCGAUAGGCCUUCCUUUGCAGAAAUCCACCAAGCAUUUGAAACUAUGUUUCAGGAAUCCAGCAUUUCUGAUGGUAGGUGCCAUCACGGAUAAUUCUCGCUCUGUGGGAGGCGAGAUAAGUGCUUUGUUUUCUGCAUGAUUGCUUCAUCUGCAUAACCCCACGCAUUUUAUUUUAUUUUUGGAGAUGUAGUGGAAAUCUUCUUUUGAUAAGUCAGGGUAGGGGGCCACCAACAGUUCUGGGUUCAGAAACUCAGGCAGACAAAACCCACUGCAGUCAACUGAAGGCAACCAAACAUGCUCUCAGCACCAAUGAAAACUAAUAAAUGAAUAGAAAGAACCUACCCAAGUGAUGCUGACAUAAAAACCUCACAUAUACACUAAGUAAAAGAAUCUAAUUUUACUUUCCCCCAUCUGAAAAUAGAGUUUAUGUAGAUACUUUUGUAACCCAAGAAAAUCUUUAAUAAAAACAAUUUUAAAAGAAACUAAAGACUAGCACCCAAAAUGGACUAGUAGCCAACACAAACACGCGCACACACAGAUACUAGCGACUGUGUCCCCAACUCUCUCUGCUCUCCAACCCCUUGCUAUUCCUCACAUUAACCCCCUAGAGCAGUGGUUCUCAACCUGUGGGUUGGAUGUUGUUGGACUACAACUCCCAUCAUCCCUGACCACUGGUCAUGCUGGCUAGGAAUGAUGGGAGUUGUAGUCCAACAACAUCUGGGGACCCACAGGUUGAGAAACACUGCCCUAAAGCUUUCCCUCCCCAUGCACCUAGUAAGCAGAGCCAACCAAGGCUGGAUCUAGACACAUCGAAGAAGCGUUUCCGUUUAAAGUGUUGUAAAUUUAAACAGGGAAAACAGGCAGAGAAAACCAGGACUCCACAUCACCAUCUGGUGGCACAAUGUUAUAUUGCAUAUACAACACAUUCAAAUCGCUUUUCCUUUACCAGUCUAGCUGAGUCCCAACUUGUAUUUUUGUCCCCAUCCUCCUUCUCCCUGCUGAGUUUUACAAGGGGCAGUAGCAAGACUUGAUAAGGAAGCUGAUGGGCAGGGCUGCCCCCUGAGUUGGUUUCAAGGAAGGCUGGGGUUGGUGGGGUGGUGCUUCACUUGUCCCAAUAGAAUGGCCUGCACUGCAGUAAAGGCUUAAUUUCUGUCAGUUGCUAACUCUGGUUAGUGCCUGUUGACUCUUUGCUCUCUCUCCCCCUGCUCCCCACCCCAUCCUUGUGUUUUCCAGAGGUGGAGAAAGAAUUGGGGAAGAAAGGAAUGAGAAGCGUUGUGAGCACCUUACUACAAGCUCCAGAACUGCCAACAAAGACAAGGACAUCCAGAAGAGGAGCUGAAUGCAAAGAAGCCAAUGAGAGCUUGGAGGCAGGACCCACCAAAGGGCCAGGGGAAUGCGGUAUGUCCUAGCUCUGGUAGCAAGGCGACUCAAGGUGCCUUCAGGACACUUGAGGCACCUUGAAGAGGCUUGAGGCAGUCUGCAGCACACAAAGCAGCUGGGUCAGGACUCCAGUGCACCAUUGGGGUUGCUCCUUCCUAGAUUUGAUGUGUGUGUGUUUAUGAGAAAGAGAUAAAAUAUGGAUGUGGUUGUUUUGUAUAGCAUUAUGAGGAUUUUUUUAGAAGUAUGCUCAUACCAGACCAGGGCACAAUCUGGAUUUUAACAUUUAAAAAAUAAUAAUAAUAAUUGUUAAACAAAUUAACAAAAUUUAUAUGCCACUUGAUUGUACAUGGAACUCCUAAGCACUUUGCACAAAUAAUAUUAAGCAAACAUUAAAAUUAUUGACAACAGACAAAGUUAAAAACAGGAGUUUAAAAAAAAUGAUUCCAAAGGGUGGGUGACUCUCAAAUUAAAAACACAUCCAAGUUCAAAAUCAGUUAAUUUAAAACAUCUUAAACAAUGAGGGCAAGGCCAUCCCCAGAGAGGUGGUGUUAAGGGGGUAGCCCUUGCCCUUGCUUACCUCUGAAGCAGCUGCUGCUGCUUGGGGCGCCCCUGCCCCCAUUGGACCAGGCCUUGAUAUAGCUCCUACUACCCUGGUAGAUUGAGCCCAGGUGUGCUCUCAAGCAAUCUGGCCAGGCCUCCCUCUGCCAGUGAAAUCCAGCUGCUAUGGAGGGGGGUCACUUACAGUCUCCGGCUGCUGCACUAAAUUGGGCCCCCUUUACCCUGAUCCACUAGCCAGGCUCCUUGUGUUCUUAUUAGCUGUGGUAUUUGGGAAAGAUCCUCCAUGUCUAAGAGAUAUCUACCUGGAAUUGCCAUUUGCUGGUGAGGCAAUGGCAUGGGCCUUCCAGCCCUGCUUCUGGGGUUGGAUGGGCCACUGGUCUGAUCCAGCAAGGAUGGUUUGCCUUCACUCUUGGAGGCACUAUGCCCCCUGGUGCCAGUUGUUUGGAAUCCCAAGUGUCCCUGGUGAUGCUGGCAUGCUGAGAUCUUGCUUGUGGGCUUCCCAUAGGGCAUCUGGUUGAUCACAAGUGUAUUUCCCAGUCCUAACUGGGAAUUGAACCUGGGACCUCCUGCAUGUGAAGCAGGUGCCUUGCCACUGAUCUGUGGUUCCAUGUCUUAAUGAUAAAGAAAGAUUUCAUUCCUCAUGGUUCUGAAUUAAAUAGGGGCAUAGGAAGCUGCCUCAUACACAGAGCAUUGUUCUAUCAUGCUCAGUAUGGUCUACAGUGACCGGCAGUGGCUCUCCAGGGUUUGAGGCAGCUGGUCUUUCCUAGCCCUACCUGGAGACACUGCCAGGGAUUGAACCUGAGACUUUCCACAUACAUAGCAGGUGCUGUAUUGCUGAGCUAAGUUUGCAGUUUGACACUUGAGAUUAAGAGGCAGCUACACACAAAUGGCCACCCAGCUCCAGAAAGCCUAUUCAAAUUGGCCUACAGCCCAGAGAUUUUUGUUGCAAGUUACUGGAGUGAGAACUUAAGAAGGGCCAUGCUGGUUCUUCAGACUCCAAACCUGUCCACCAUCCUCUAUUCCAGCAUCAGAUAACCAGAUGCCUCUGACCAUGUGCACGAUGCAAGGGCACUGGCAUGUUGCUUCCCAGCAGCUCUCAGAUAAACUGCCUCCAAACAGAGAGGCUGCACCUAACUAUCAUGGCUAACAGCUGCUGAUAAAUAAACCUUCCCAUUCCUCCAUGAACGUGCCUGAUCCGCUCUUAAACUCAGUGGUCGUCACUGCGUCUCACAGUAGUAAAUCUUUAAAAGUAGCUACUUAAGAGAACGAGCUGAGAAGUCAUUUGGUGUCCUUAGAUAAGCUGCUCUCUGCCCGCCCCCCGCCAAACAAAUCUGCAGCAUGGCGCGGGAUAAUCAUGCUGCUGUACCUUAUAAGAGUUACUGACAUAAUUCAUGUGAAGCACUUUGAGAGCUUAGAAUAAAUACCAGGUCUUAUUAUUAUAGCAGUGUAACUUAUGCCUGCCAUAUUUCAAAUCAACCUCCAGACAGGCCCAUAAGGCGAGGAGAUUGGUUUGCCGGUUAAGCAAGUGCUGUCUAAUUCUUGACUUUCUAUUUUUCCUGCUCUGCAGAUCCCACAGACCACGAGCCAGCAGUGUCCCCCUUGCUGCUGCGGAAGGAGAGGGGCCCUGCAGACGGGGGCUUGAAUGAGGAUGACCGCUUGCUCCCGAAGGACAAGAAGACCAACCUCUUCAGCGCCCUCAUCAAGAAGAAGAAGAAGAUGGCCCCCACCCCGCCCAAGCGGAGCAGCUCCUUCCGGGAGGCAGACGCCCACCUGGACCGCAAGGGAGGGGGUGAGGAAGAGGGCAAGGAGGGCAGCAACGGGGCUGCUCUGGCAGACACCGAGGACCGCUCCAGGUUCCAAGGUGCCAUCAGCGAGGCUGGAGUCACAAAUGGGACUGUGUCUGGGAACUCAGGGUUGCUGUCGCCCAACCCCUGGAAAAAAUCUGGCCCUGCCACCAAUAGCCGGCCAGGGGCCAGUGAGGAAGAAAACAGCUUGAACUCUGCCAGCAAGCGCUUCCUGCGAUCGUGCUCGGCCUCCUGCGUGCCCCAUGGGACCAAGGACACAGAGUGGAAGUCCGUCACCCUGCCCCGGAACCUGCAAUCCACAGGGCGUCAGUUCAACUCGUCCACCUUUGGGGGGCACAAGAGUGAGAAGCCUGCCCUGCCUCGGAAGAGGGCCAACGAGGCAAAGGCAGACGUGGUCACCCGGGGGACAGUGACCCCACCUCCUCGGCUGCUCAAGAAGAGCGAUGAGGCGCCUGAAGACGUCUUCAGAGAUGCUGAGUCCAGCCCGGGUUCCAGCCCGCCCACACUGACGCCGAAACUUAUCCGGAGGCAGCAGCUUGUGCCUCCCACCAGCCUUCCUCACAAAGAGGAAGGCAUGAAAUCCAGUGCCUUAGGAGGUGGGUUGGGAGCAGAGCAGAGCCCCUCUGCCAAAGCUGGCAUCUUCCUCAGCAAAGCUCCUGCUGAAGAGCCCCGGCUGAGGAAGGCAAAACAGCCUUCGGAGAAAGACAAGGGGAAGCUCUCCAAGUUGAAACCAGCCCCGCCCCCUCCACUCUCCUCCUCAUCUUUUUCCAUAGGGAAAAGCAGCAAAGGGGGUCUUAGCCCAGGACACGAGGAGACACCCAUGCCAAAGGGCAAGCAGCCAACUCAGGCCACAGACUCCUCGAGCAUUGAGCCCCCCAAGUCCAGUCUGUUAGCAGAGGGGAUGAAAAAGCCUGCGAUCUCCUCUGUACCAAAGCCCCCAUCCUCCACAAAACUGCUGCUGAUGGCAGCCUCCGCCUCCUCCACUACUUCUCCCUCAUCUGCCCCAAGUGUUGACCAGCCUCCCUCUACGGCCUUCAUCCCCCUCAUCUCCACUCGUGUCUCCCUGCGAAAGACCCGCCAGCCCCCAGAGAAGAUCGCCAGUGGUGCCGUCACCAAGGGGAUGGUCUUGGAGAGCUCUGAGGCUCUGCGGACGGCCAUCAGCAAGAACUCUGAGCAGAUGGUGAGCCACAGCGCCGUCCUGGAGGCAGGCAAGAAUCUGUACACUUUCUGUGUCAGCUACGUGGACUCCAUUCAGCAGAUGCGGAAGUUCACAUUCCGGGAAGCCAUCAACAAGCUGGAGAACAGCCUCCGGGAACUCCAGAUCUGCCCUACUGCAGCCACCGGGGGCCCCUCUGCCACCCAGGACUUUAGCAAGCUGCUCAGUUCUGUGAAAGAAAUUAGUGACAUCGUCCAGAGGUAG